AUGGCCAAGAAUAAACUCAGAGGGCAGAAGUCCAGGAAUGUAUUCCACAUAGCCAGCCAGAGAAGCUUGAAGGUUAAAAAUAAAGCAAAACCAGUUACUACUAAUCUUAAGAAGAUAAACAUUGUGAAUGAUGAAAAAGUUAACAGAGUGAAUAAAGCUUUUAUAGAUAUACAGAAGGAACUGGCAAACUUCUCAAAAGGCCUUUCCCUUGAACCUCUGCAGAAACAGCUGGUGUCUCAGCAGUGUCAUGAAAACAUACCAGUUAAUGUUGAUGAGGCUACAAGAUUAAUGGCUCAGUUGUAAUAAACCAAUGAUGCAUCAAAUUCCCCAAAAAUACCAAUAAAUUUAAUCUUUUAUACAAAAAAAAAAA